AUGGCAGACCUUGAACAACUACGAACAGUCUACGAUAGUUUCUGUGCAUUUGGCUCGUCAAGAAACUUGUCAUCAAAUUCAAUGUCUAUGGAGUCCUUGACUGGUGCUCAAUUGGAUAAUGCCAAAUUUGCUAAAUUAUCAAAGGAUACUGGUGUAGUUGAUGGCAAGAAGAUAACUAAUGCGGAUAUUGAUAUUACAUUCAACAAGGUAAAAGCAAAAGGCGCCCGCAAACUAGACUGGGAAAGCUUCCAAGACGCUCUCGCCCUCCUCGCCGAAAAGAAAUACGCUACCCUCCCCGCAGAACAAGCCUUCAGCAGACUCGUAACAGACAUCCUCUCCAAUGGAUCCCCACACUUGACAAACACGGCCGUACCCAAAAACUCGGCGAUUGUCGACCGUUUGACGGAUACGUCCACGUUCCCUGUUACCCACAAAAACCGGUUUGAGGAUAAAGGGUUGGGAAGUCAGGGUGCGUUGAAUGCUAAGAGUAGUACUGGGACUACGCCGACAAAGAGUCCUGGUGGAGGAGUUAAGGGUAGUCCGGUGGGUAAUAAGAGGAGUGUUACGGAGAGUAUGGAUAAACUUGAAUUGGCAGCAAAUCCACCUAAAUCAAACAAGGCCUUGGGCAGUAUGGACAAUAUGAGUCCUUUGGGUGCUAGCAAGUCCAAGUCUGGAUCUGUUGGUUCUGUUUAUGAUCGAUUGACUGACACGAAACAAUACACUGGUACUCACAAGUUGCGAUUCAAUGAUGAUGGAACUGGUAGAGGUAUUGCUGGUCGUGACAGUCCCAGUAAAGGUGGGGUGGGACCAGUACGCGAUGGUCAGAAUGUGAACGAUUUGAGCCAAAUCUUGAGACGUUAA